UGUGCGCUGGGCGCGAUGGGGGCCGCGGAGCCGCUACGCUCGGUGCUGUGGGUGAAGCAGCAGCGCUGCGCAGUGAGUCUGGACCCCGCGCGGGCGCUGCUGCGCUGGUGGCGGAGCCCGGGGCCCGGAGCCGGCGUCCCCGGCGCGGAUGCCUGCUCUGUGCCUAUUUCCGAGAUCAUCACCGUUGAAGAAACAGACAUUAAUGGGAAACACCACACGGGUGGAAAAUGGCAGAAAAUGGAGAAGCCUUACGCUUUCACAGUGCAUCGUGUGAGGAGGGCCCGGCGGCACCGCUGGAGGUGGGCGCAGGUGACCUUCUGGUGUCCUGAGGAACAGCUGUGCCACCUGUGGCUGCAGACCCUCAGGGAGCUACUGGAGAAGCUGACAUCUAGACCAAAGCACUUACUGGUGUUCAUCAACCCGUUCGGCGGGAAAGGACAAGGCAAGCGGAUCUACGAGAGAAAAGUGGCGCCGUUGUUUACACUGGCCUCCAUCACCACCGAGAUCAUUGUUACUGAGCACGCUAAUCAUGCCAAGGAGAGUUUAUACGAGCUCAAUAUAGACAAGUAUGACGGCAUCGUCUGUGUGGGCGGAGACGGCAUGUUCAGCGAGGUCCUGCACGGCCUGCUGGGCAGGACGCAGAGGGACGCCGGCGUGGACCAGGACCAGCCCCGGGCGGCGCUCGUGCCCAGCCCGCUAAGGAUCGGCGUCAUCCCUGCGGGGUCGACAGACUGUGUGUGCUACUCAACGGUUGGCACGAACGACGCGGAGACCUCGGCUCUGCACAUCGUCGUGGGGGACUCUCUGUCCAUGGACGUGUCCUCUGUGCACCACAACGGCACGCUGCUGCGGUACUCGGUGUCCCUGCUGGGCUACGGCUUCUACGGGGACAUCAUCAAGGACAGCGAGGAGAAGCGGUGGAUGGGUCUCGUCAGAUACGACUUCUCAGGUCUGAAGACCUUCCUCUCCCAUCACUGCUACGAAGGGACAGUGUCCUUCCUGCCAGCACAGCACACGGUGGGCUCCCCGAGGGACAGGAAACCCUGCCGGGCGGGGUGCUUCGUCUGCAGGCAGAGCAAGAAGCAGCUGGACGAGGCGCAGAAGAGGUCGCUGUACGGCUUGGAGGGCGCCGAGGAGGUGGAAGAGUGGAAGGUCGUCUGCGGGCAGUUCCUGGCCAUCAACGCCACCAACAUGUCCUGUGCUUGUCCCCGGAGCCCCCAGGGGCUCUCCCCGGCUGCCCACCUGGGAGACGGGUCUUCCGACCUCAUCCUCAUCCGGAAGUGCUCCCGGUUCAACUUCCUGAGGUUUCUCGUCAGGCACACCAACCAGGGCGACCAGUUUGACUUCACUUUUGUCGAAGUCUAUCGCGUCAAGAAGUUCCAGUUUGUGUCGAAGCCUGUGGAGGAUGAGGACGGCAGCGUCCGGCGCCACGGGAAGAAGCGACUGGGGCAGCUGUGUGGCGACCGCCCCCCGUGCUGCUGCGCCGUCUCCAGCAGCGCCUGGAACUGCGACGGGGAGGUUCUGAGCAGCCCAGCCAUCGAGGUCAGGGUCCACUGCCAGCUGGUCCGGCUCUUUGCACGAGGAAUCGAAGAGAACUCGAAGCAGGAGUCACACGGCUGAGACGCCGUCUCGCAUCUCGGCCUUCUUGCUGUGCUUGGCAAGUGGGCACAGUAUUUAAGAAAAUUACUGUAGACCAAUUACGCUGAUAGGCAUUCAAACUUAGAAAUUUAUUUUUGAUAGUUAAAUCUUGAUUUUAGAAAAAAUACCUUUUGUCAACAAUUUUGUGGACCUAGUUGGCAUUUUCAGUUCUAUGUGAGUCUUUGGGUUGCGUUUCACGUAACUUAUCCUCGGCGAGUGGCGCUUGUUGAUUUGGGAGUGCUUGGCUUCUUAGAUUUCAACCAUGCUGACGGCGCAGAUGUUAAAACGGCCCAUUUGUGGCUCUGUCGCAGUAACUGUAGGGACAGCGCGAUGUGAAUGCUUUCCGUCAAGGUCACGCCACCAGGACACGAGUGUCUACGGGGUCACCGACGUGCUUGGCGGGACUCAGCCAGUAGCAGCUUGUGAUCCAGUUUUGGAAAGUAGUUGGCUCUCUGCCUUUGCAGAGUCCCUGCAUCUUAACUUGCGAUUGAGGCUUGUGCACCGGGCCCUUUCUGUGCCGUGCGGCUACAGUGCCGUGUCACAGUCCUGCUUGAAGUGACGCUCCCAGAGUAGCCCAUUCUAGUGAGUGAGAAGAACACUCCAAGUAACGAUACUGUAGCUUGAAAAGUCACAGUAGUGUUUCUAGACAAUCCAGCUGGGAGCCAGAACAAGUCAGGAGCUCUGGAAACGGGCAGCUUGCAAAGCUCGCGCCGGGUUUUAACUCUUUUGAGUUUGGAAUCCCCGAGCUUUCUAUCCGCACAGCGGGGAUGCCGUAGCUGGGCUUUGUGGGGAGCCAGAAAGCAGC